AUGCCAAGCUACUCAAGUGACCAGUUACUGAAGGAUUGGCGGUAUGCAAUCAAGCAAGACUUCACUACAUCUCAAGGGAACCCUUUCCCAUAUGCCAAGAACGGCAAACAACAAUGGGAUGAUGAGAUAAGGAAGAUCAACUUCGAAAGGCAGCCUCACAUUGGUUCUGUGAGCAACAACGGAAAGUAUCUUGCUCUUGGAAUCGACCAUGCCAUCCAUAUCCUCGAUACCCAGAGCUGGGAUACUGUUGCAAUUCUGAGGGGUCAUUCAAACAAAAUCGAGACCUUGGCAUUCAGAGCCGGCCGUCCAGACAUGCUGGUCUCGAGUGAAGAGCAGGUAUACGACGAUUCGGGGCAUACUGAACCACCUACGAUCAUUCUGUGGAACAUUGAAGAAGAAAGGUCGGCACCGAGACUGGGUGAGGACCACUUACGAGAUGCCAGUCAGGCCGCUCUUUCAGCUGCUGCAGACAAGUUAGCGGGAGCCGGUAUCAAUCUAAGUAAGGACGAACUCCGCCAUCUAGAGGGAACUAUCGGACCUGCUGUCAGUCGCACUGUCUCCAAGCACAUCGCGGCGAGUAAGGAGACCAUAGAAGGACGACUGCAAUCAGCUCACGGGUCUCAAAUUUUCAGCCCUUCAGGAGAUUGGAUGACAUAUUUGCCCGGAGAGUCACCUAUCUCGAAUGGUGACGACCCAUGGGAUAUUCAGAUCGUUUCCUCGGGCGAUCUCUCCAAGAGUCUGCUUCUGAAAGGACACACUGAUGCAAUCAUGUGGACAGGAUGGAGUCCUGAUGAAUCGGUCUUUGCUUCUGUAUCAUGGGACGAGUCCAUCCGCAUUUGGGAUGCUACUACAGGAGAGCAAAAGUACAAAUUCAAGACUGAGGGGCAGAACUGGGCUGGUGCUUUCAGUCCUGACUCGAGCUACUUCGUAGCAACGGAUGGACCAAGCAACGUAUGGGUCUAUUCCCUGGCUGACGGAGAGCAGUACUGGGUCUACAAGGGGCAACGCUCUGAUCGUUGGAGAAGGACUCUUGCAUGGCAUCCAACAAACCCGUGGCUUGCUGUAGGUGGGGAGAGCAGUGGCGAGCUACUUCUCCUAGAUAUUGGUGAGAAGAAGUUACUACAGAAACGGCUAUUCUCUACAGAUGCUUGUCCAGUAGAGAAGGAGUCUCGUGAUAUGAUGCAAGACUUUCUUGGGACUUUGGAAAUGAGGUUCUUCGAUGGUGGAAAUAAGCUUGCUGUUUGGACUUUCGGUGAUUGGAGUAUCGAAGUGUACGACCUCAAACAGGAAGUCAAAUGGCGGUUUGCAAGAGGUGGAACAGAAGAUGGGCCAAAUGCUGGCAAGUGGAGGAACGAACAGGGCAAGGUCACUAGUAAAGGAGGGUACGAAAUGUUGGCUUGGGAGGAUCGCUCAAAGGGUUCCCUGUUUCUUGCUAGCAUAGACUUCGAUGCUGUCCGCCUUUGGGAGGUAGCGCUGACAGCCUAA